AUGAACGAGGAGAAUAGGAAAAAGAAAAUGAAAAACGAUAGCAAAGCAUCCGAAGACGAUCAGACGAAAGCAGAAUCAACGGCGUCGCCCCUGACUGAAAUUAAUGACACCAAGGAACUGAGCGAAAGCGAAGACGACGAAGAGGAAGUAGAAAACCAGAAAGACUUAACUAAACCAGAACAAGAGGAGGCCCGACACGAACCUAUAUCGUUCAAUGUCAGUGGUACAUUGAUCAAUGUGGAAGAGAGUAGCAGUGAAGAAGACGACGAGUAUCAAGAUGAUUUUGAAGAUGACGAAGAAGCAAAAGGAUUGAGAGGAGGCAAAACGAACGAUAAAGAAGACGAAGAAGUUAGUCAAACGAAAAACACAGAUGGCGUCAGUGGAGAAACAAAUUCAUCUGGAAGUGAAGAAAGUUCUUACUCAAGAGAAGAUGAAGGCGACGUCAGUGAGGAAAUACGUUCGACUACAUCGGAAGAAAAAAGUCCGCCCGAAGAAGAGAAUUACGUGAUGGGGAGUUCAAGUUCGGACAAGAAUGGAGAAAAGAAAGAUAAGGAAUCAAAGAGCCCUGAAGACAGUGCAGAAAAUGUCGAAGAGAAAAAAGACAAAGGAUCGGUUGAGCAUUUGAAAAAUGACGAGAAAGUACCAAUUACAAAUUCGGUGCAUACACGAGAAAAAGCACCAGAAGUCCGGAGAGAUGAAUCUGAUAGCGACGGUCAAAGCGAUACGAAUUCUUCUAAAGAAAGCAGCAGUUCGUCAUCGCCGUCGCCGUCGCCGCUGCCACCCACGUCUCGCAAAAAGUCAAAAUUGAAACCAGAGAUGAGAUUCCGAGCCAAUAAUUACAAGAAUGCGCCAGACAGUUCUAGUGAGUCAGAUUCGAUUGGUCACCUACCUGCAGAAAUCGAAGGGACCGAAAAGGCAAAAAACUGGAUUCCCGCCAGUCAACAAGAAACAAUUUAA